AUGUAUCAUAUGGCCGAUGACAAAUGCACAAAAGACUAUCCAAAGGAGUUCCGAGAAACAACAGCACUUGCAACCGACGGCUAUCCACUGUAUAAAAGAUCAGACAACGGUCGCACUAUCACCAUUGGCCAACACCAAAUAGAUAACCGCUGGGUUGUACCAUUCAACCCCUACUUAUCACAGAAGUACCAAGCACAUGUCAACCUAGAAGCCUGCACUUCAAUCAAGAGUGUAAAAUACUUAUUCAAGUAUGUUUACAAAGGCCACGACUGCGCCAACAUCCAAGUCACAGAAACCUGUCAACUCCACCACGAUGAGGUCGCCAACUUUAUUGACGUCAGGUACAUCAGCGCACCAGAGGCUUAUUGGAGAUUGGCUGAGUACAAACUACACCACCAAUCACAUGCCAUCAUCAGGCUUGCCCUCCAUCUACCCAGCCAACAACCCGUUUACUUCACUCCAGGAAACCACAUUGCUGCAGCAGAGGCCACCACCUCCAAGAACACAAUGCUAACAGCAUUCUUCAAACUCAACUCACAGCAACCCACCGACCUCUGCUAUCAUCAGUUGCCAAAUCACUACGUCUACAACAAAUCCAGCCAAACAUGGAAACCAAGACAACGUGGCGCUGAAACAACAAUAGGCCGCAUGUAUUCUGUCAGCCCCAGAGACAUGAACGAUAUUGUCUGCAUCUCCUCCUGCUCCACGUCCCAAGCCCCACCUCAUAUUUAG